AUGUUCUUACGUAAUCAUUCACGUUUAUUAUUAACUUUAUGUCGACCAACUAUAUUAAUAUAUCAUAAUAAAUCAUUGAAAAAUCUUCAAAUUCGUCAUAUAAAUAUUGAUGCACCAAUGAAACGAAAAAUUCUAUUAAAAAUAAAUACAGUUCUUAAUGAAGGUCAACAUUUCGAUGAAAAUUCUAAUGAAUCUGAUAUAACUAAUAUAGCUUGUUUAAAUAAUGAACUUAUUCUAUCAGAACGUAUGGUUAAAUUUCCAUUUCAUUAUCGAUGUAUACUUGAACAACAAUUAGCUAUAUGUCAAGAUCGUUGGGUAUCAAAUAAUGAAUGGCAAGAAUUAUAUAAUGUUGUUGGUGAAACAACAAAACCAUUAUUUGCUUCAAUAACAAUGCUUAUUUGUGUACAAUUAAAACAUAUUGAACGUGGUCGAUCAUUAUUUGAAUUUAUUCAAAAAUAUUAUCCAGAUUUAUUAACAUCAACAUUAACAACAUAUGCAGCUUAUAUGAAUUUAUUAUCUCUUGAUUUUUUUACUUUAAUUGGAAAAAAACAUGGUCAAGAUUAUUCACCAUAUGAAAAAGAAUUAUGUGAUAUUUAUCAAAAAUUUGUUAAAGAUAAAAAACAGUCCAUCAUAGCAUCCGCGGCUGCAUUAGGAAUAAUCAAAGGUUUAUGUGUAACUCGACUAUGGCAUGAAGCUUAUUCUUAUUUACCAUUUGUUAAUGAUGAUGAUCAAUUACAAGCAAUGACAGAUGUUAUACUUGCUGCUUUACAUAAUGAUGAUGUUAGUACAGCAAUAAAAUUAGUUAAAAAUCUUAAAAAUUCACCACCAAGUGAUAGUGUUGCUGCAACAAUGUCAAGUUCAUUAAAUGAUAUGAUACGAGAUAUGUUUAGAAAUAUAAAUGAAAAUAAUGACAAUGCUUAUGAAUUUAUUCAAUAUUUAUUUAAUUAUUUAUCUACAUUAGAUUAUUUUAUUGAAAAAUCAGCUGUAGAUGAAAUGAAAAUAUUUUUUACUAAAUAUAAACCAAAUACAUUCAAUUAUGGUACAACAACUGUAUAUCCAAAUGGUGCCUGUAAACAAUUACCUGGUUUGAAUUUAGCAAGUGGUGACUUAAAUGAUGAUGAAUUCAGUUUUUUACUUAAUUAUCUUAUGGAAACUGCUUAUGCUGCAAAAGAAGUUUACAAUACUGCAACACCACUUGAAUUUGAAAAAUUGAAAGCAGUUCUUGCCCGAAAUAAAUUUACUAUGGUUGUUGAUGGUUUAAAUAUACUCUAUGGUAUUGAUCGAUUUGCUACUGAUCCUGUUAAUACAAUGAUUAAAACAAUAAAUUUUCUUAAAAAUUUACGUGUAUCUCGAACACAAAUGUUAUUUAUUGCACGUAAACAUGUUUUAUCUCGUAUACCAUAUGAUAUUCAAAAAGAUUUACGUUCAAUAUGUGAAGUUUUUCUAGUUGAUAAUACUUCUCGUGAUGAUUGGUUUGUUUUAUAUGCUGCAUUAUAUUCCAAAGCUUAUGUUUUAACAUCUGAUAUAUUAAGAAAAGAACGUGGAAUAUCAAAUAAAUCUACACCAGCAAAAAAUACUGAAGUUAAUGAUAAAUUACAAAAAUGGCUUUAUCGUUAUCAAUAUUUAUUUGUUCGACAAGGAAAGAAAGUUUAUUUUAAACAACCAAUGGCAUAUAAAUUAAGAGCACAAUAUAUACAAAAUGUAUGGUUAAUUCCAUAUUUUAAUGAAAAACCACUUACAUUAGCUCAACGACCUGAUAAUUGGUUUUUUGUUUAUAAAAUUUCGGAUAAUAAAUAA